CAAGUUUUGUCCAGCGUCUUCUCCGUCUUUCAUCGUCUUUAAGCGCUUCUCUUUUUCUCGCUUUCAAGCUUCAUGGAGUACCCUGCUGGCUGAGUGAUACUAACCGUCCCAUAUAACUUAACUACAUACGGCGCACAGAGUCCUCCAGGCCGAUCCACGUUGGCUUUCAAGGAUCAAACGUCAAGCAUCAAGCUUAUGUAUUGAGCCUCCACUUUAAUCCAACCCGGCACUAGACGAUCGUCACACAAUCCUCGCUCGCUCGCUUACAUGCUCUCGCCUCUCUCUCACAAUCUCUCUCUGCCAGAAGAACUGACAAAACCUCAGCCUGUUCGCGGAAUCGGACUGUCUACUGGUCAAAAGAAGUGAUAUAAAGGCAUCGAGGACAAAGGGAGGGAAAACAAGGAAAAGAGAGGAACAGAAUAAGAGAAAGGAGUAACUAGCGUCCGGACAGAUAGCUACAUUCAUUAGAUUCUUGGUUUUCCUUGUUCUUUGGAGGCUGUUGGAAGAAGGGUCGCUGCUUUGCUUGCCUGUUCUAAUCUCUAUUUUCUCAUGGCAUCUUCUAUCUCCCUUCCAGAAUAUUGACCUGUUGUUGGACAAGAAACUAUUCUGUUCCGGCUGGUAUCUUUGGAGGUUCUCUUCUCUUUCUCUUAUUCUUUCUUUGUUUGCUUUUCUUCUACUUGCGCACAUACUAUAUACCACAGAACAGCGAGGAAGCAUGGAUAGCUCAACACGCCCUUCUACACAGAAGAACCUUACUCUCAAUACCAAAGAUAUAGAGCCAAUAUCUACAUCAGUAGCCACCAGCAAUGCACCAACAUCAGCACCAUCAACAGCACCUGUAGGUCAGUCAGGGGAGGAGCAGCAGCGGCAACAGCCUCAUACAACAACCCCAGAUACCACAGGGACUCGAAAGACCUUUCGUUCGGGGAAAAGGGGAGUCUCGACUCGACCGGGUCUACCAAAAUCUUCGUCCGCCUCCCUCAAGUCAGUAUCAAGUCAGAUCUCCCAUCUUAGCCUUGACCGUUCAAAUAGCGACUUGAGCACAAGCAGCAAUGCAAAUUCACAUAAUAACAUCACUGGGUUGCCAACAUCCUCCGCACCCUCGGAUGAGGACCGGCUGUCUUCAUCCAUCUCAUCAUUCCCGGCCCUACCACCACCCACCUCUGAGCCACAGUCGUUUCUCUUCCGCAGUAGUACAGCCGAUGAUGUCAGUAUACAGGCUCAGUACCAUGCUCUGCUAGGUCAGGUCCAUCAAUGGCUGCACCAAGAGAAGUCAAAACUUGGCCUACCAUCUACAUCUACUGCAAAGUCUCCCCGUUUGACACCACGAUCUACAUCUGUACCUCUCAAGGGGGAUCUGUUAGGUGACAAUUCUGCCUCUGGAGAUGCACAAGUGCCCGAAUCAACUCUAGCACUGGAGAAACUGGAGAAAAUCCUCUCGCAGUAUUCUACAGAUGGGUUGUCAGGAUCUCCUGGAGCGCCAUGGAGGCGAAGACGUGGCGGUUCAUGGGGCCAGGGGAAAAGAGGUUACGGCUUGAAGGGCCUCCGACGUGGCUCGGCGUCAGAUUCCGAUUACACAGAUAAUGAAAUGUCUGUUCCCAGUGCUGAUGUUGUACUUGAUAAUUCUAAAACACUUCUAUAUUCCGGUGGUGAGGCCGACUCGGACACAGCGACACAACCUGAGGGUAGCAAGCCUGCUACCAACAAAGAUAAAGAAUACUGGCUUUAUUUUAAGUCUGAGAUUGUUCGGUUGACGCAUACUCUUGGGUUUAAGGGUUGGAGAAGAGUUCCUCUCGACGCAGGGGGCGAAGUUGAAGUUGUUCGUUUGAGCGGCGCACUUACCAAUGCCGUAUAUCAAGUCUCGCCUCCAAAGGACAUGUCCAAAUAUUCUCAGUCUACUUCUAGCCAGAGCUUGCCUAGAAAACCUCCUCCAAAACUGCUUCUUCGUAUUUAUGGCCCUCAAGUCGAACAUCUUAUCGACAGAGAGCAUGAACUUCAAGUCCUUCGCCGUCUGGGGAAGAGGAACAUAGGGCCACGGGUACUAGGAACAUUUAAGAAUGGCAGAUUUGAGCAGUACUUACAUGCUCGUACACUGACAACUCGCGACCUACGUAUACCAGAGACAUCCAUCCAGAUCGCCAAACGUAUGAGAGAACUCCAUGAGGGUAUCGACUUACUGCCUGAAGAACGAGAGGGUGGCCCAGGUCUAUGGAAGAACUGGGACAAAUGGGUCAAUCGCUGCGAGAAGGUGACCACCUGGCUUGACAGCGAAAUCCUCGCAGACCACAAUGGAGGCAGAUCAGUCAAAGAGCCAUGGAGAAAACGAGGAUUCGUCUGCGGCGUCCCCUGGGAAACGUUCCGGGGUAUGGUUGAGAGAUAUCGCCAAUGGCUGGCUGCUAGCUUUGGUGGAAUGGAAGAGAUUACCCGUCGGUUAAUUUUUGCUCAUAACGACACGCAAUACGGAAACCUGCUUCGUCUCGAGCCAAGCGGGGAAUCACCACUAUUGCUUCCCGCCAACGAACAUAAGCAGCUUAUCGUUAUUGAUUUUGAAUAUGCGGCAGCCAAUAUGCGAGGAGCAGAGUUUGCCAACCACUUCACGGAAUGGUGCUAUAACUACCAUGAUGAGGACCGUCCUUGGAGAUGUAACACAGCCUGGUAUCCAACGCUUGAAGAGCAAAAACGGUUCAUCCGCGCCUAUCUCACUCAUCGGCCCCGUCUCAUCUCCGAGACAAACAACAGCACCUACCCCUCAGGCCAUAACUUAUCCACUAGCUCAGUGUCAAGUACCAUGACCACACCGGGCCUUAGACCGACAUACAUCAGUAGCCCCCGUGUUGCUCCCUUAAGCCUAGAUACAUAUAUCCCUUCCGUACCUUUCUCGAUAAGCGAAGACGACCAAAUCGAUGAAGAGCUCGAGGUAGAAGUACAAAAGCUGCUUCAUGAAGCUCGGGUCUGGCGCGUAGCUAACUCAGCUAUGUGGGUAGCAUGGGGUAUCGUGCAGGCCAAAGUCCCUGGUCUCGAGGCCGCCGUUGCAGGAACAAGCACUCCGGUAGCACAUACUUCUACAGCCGACGCGGCCAGCGGCAAGAACAACAAGGAAACUGCUCUAAAUAGCGAUGAGAGUACCGACGAUGCAUCUACCACGCCUACCCAAGAAACGGUAGAUGUGCAGAAGAUGCUUGCAGCUACUGACCAGGCGCUGCAGGAGGCGGAGGUCGACGAGGCUGCGGAUGAAUUUGAUUAUCUCGCCUACGCACAGGAUCGAGCAUUGUUCUUCUGGGCUGAUAUCCUGGCUAUCGGGCUGAUUAAGGAGGAGGAACUGCCUAUGGAGAUGCUUGAGCAUAUCAAGAGACGUAUUGUUGAAUAUUGA